UUUACAUAAUGAGUAACCAACAACCCGAUCAUAAAUUCGACACACUCAUCCCUGCUAUUGGAAAAAUCACCACAGAGUUUCAAACUCUCAGUAGACGCAUGGCCAAACUCGAACAAAUGAACAAUAGUAUGCUUGCCUUUAAUGAAUCCUUUGGUUCCUUCUUGUACGGCUUAACUGUUGCAGAUCAAGUAACCCAGUGGACCACGAGGCCUAGCGAAAGAGAACUGUCCUUUUUGAAACGUACCGCCAAGGCACCUUUUCCUCCCACUCCUGCCCCUUCCGCCCAGACACCAGAACCUACAGAAAACACGCCCAAGCCAAAAGAAAAAGUACUCAUUAGAAAACGAAAGGCUUCCGUCUCGACCCCUACCACCAAUACACCAGCCAAAGUACAAAAGCGUCUUGUGUCGAAUGUGGAUAUUAUGAAAAUCAUCAAGGGCCUUCCAUUAAUGUAUAGAGAGCAAACGAAUCAUAUGAACAAUAUGAAGAAAUUAUUAAGGGUACUUGCACAACACCCAGAAGGAUUAACAAAGGUAGAAUUAGACAGCAAAGUGGAUAUUCCUGCGCAUGUUAUUACACCCUGUAUCAAUACAUUAAUUCAAACGAAAGAUGUUGUAAAGAAGGCCAAAGCGAACGCUUACAGUCAGUUUUUCCUUGAACGAAAGCCAUAGAAAAUAGAAAUUCCCUGGAUAAAAAAUGAGCUCUUUUUUUUUUUUCGUUGCUUGACGUAGAAUUUUUUUAUAUACAAAGCCCUCGUCGCGAAAGGUUGCUGAUAGAUGAAUGAAAUAAAAAAAUUCACGCUUCCAUUCCCUUGGGAUUUGCACGAAAUUCAAAUAUAACAUAUAAGC